CGCCAUCUGUCCUGAACGUUUCUAGUUUAAUUGGACUCCCUUGUCAACAACUCUUGCACUGAUUGCGGAAAGAAAAGGCUCAAGUUCCCGAAAAUCCCUUGUUUGCUUGUCCUUUCCAACUCAACCGAAUCUCCAUUGCGUUGCGUCUUUUUUUGCUGCUCCAUAUUCUCGCCUUAGCCGAGAACCGUACCUCUUCCCCAAGCUCUCGGUACUUCGCUGCACAGGUCAGACGCGAGCGAGAAUUCGUGGAAGCACGACACGUGCCCGCAGGCAAUCAUCUUGUGUCAACAACAAAGUUUACAGCACCGGGCGUCAUCCUAGCUGGCGAUCCUGUCCUCUCAUCACUUCUCCCUCGCCCCGACCUCAAUUUUUCCUCACCCCAGACUACAGCUCCGGCUGAUCUCCCCCCACAUCACAUCAUCAUCAUCAUGGGUGCUGCCAACUCAACAUUGGUCGGCUGGACCAUCGUACUCGCCAUUGCGGGCUUCGUGGGAUGGAGGGAGUGGGACGCAAAACAGAAGAGGCUUCUCCAAAAGACUGCCGGCCAGAGAUCGCGAGAGGAGCACCGCAAUGCUACCCAGUCGAGACGAGACACAAAGAAGGAUGAAAAGGAGCACAGCAAGGUGAAGCGUCAACGCGUGGCUGACAGCCAACCCGAGAAGCCCAAGGAGAAGCCCAAGGAGAAGGAGACCGUCGCCGCGCCCAUCGAGAAGGAGCAGCCCAAGUCCUCCAAGAAGAAGUCCAACACCUACAGCUCGGAUGACGACGCGGCGAGCAACCGCGAGUUUGCCCGUCAGCUUUCCAGCGUCAAGGAGGGCACCAAGUUUACCGCAAAGUCCAAGGACGAUGUGAGGCAGAAGUCGGUCAAGCAGUCCCGCGCCGACGAAGCCAAACGCCAGGUCGCUAAGCCCGUCGUCGAGGAGCCCAAGGCUGCCUCGCCACCCUCGUCCACAGCCGGUAUCGACGCCGACGAUGACCAGUCCUCGGCCGCCUCCCCCGUUGUAGCUCCGACCGCCAACGCCGGCGAUGUCUCCGACAUGCUCGAGAAGCCCACCUCUGGUCCCUCUGUCCUCCGCCUGACCGACACGGAGGAGAAGAAGAAGACUCAGAAGGCCAAGGCACCGCAGCCCGUCGAGACGAAGAAGCAGCGCCAGAACCGGAAAAAGGUAGAGGCUGCCAAGGCCAUGCGUGAGGAGGCUGAGGCCGAGCGCAAGAUCCUCGAGCAGGCCCAGCGCCGAACUGCCCGUGAGGCCGAGGGCCGCGCUGCCAAGGAUGGUUCCGGCUUCAUGGCUGCUCAGGCCAAGGGCACCGUCUGGACCGGCGGCAAGGAUGUCAACGACUCCAAUAACGGCGUUGUUCCCGUUCAGCCUCUCGACACAAGCGAGCCCACCGCGACACAACCCAAGACCCAACAGAAGCAGGCUGGCGCUGCCAAAAAGGAGGCUAAGGGUGACAAGUGGGUUUCCUCGCUUCCUUCGGAGGAGGAGCAGAUCAAGAUGAUUGAGGACGAGGAGUCUUGGAGCACUGUGCCCACCAAGGCUUCUCGUAAAAGCAAGAAGAACAAGGAGAGCGCCGUGGACAGUAUGGACGAGGGAGCUGCUUCUGAGACGAAGCCCGCCCCCGCCGCCGCCGCCCCGGCGCCAACUCCCGUUCAGCCAGCAAAAAAGCCUCAGGUAGAAAACCAGAGGCCCGUCAAGACCUUCUCGCAAACUUCAUCCUUCGCAGCCCUCAACGCCGAUGGAGCCGCCGACCUCGAGGAGGAAGAAUGGGACGUUUAGAGGAAAGAUGUUUUCUUCAUAAUAGUAUGCUGCCAAGUGCGUCUUGACCCAGUCAAGUACCCGCCGCGGAGUCUACAAACUCGUCCCAGACCCCACUCCCUUUUUGGUGCGCAUUCGGGGUCUCUGCUCCUCGACAUGGCUCCUCUGGCGUCUCGUAUCUCUCUUCACCUUUCAUGCCCACUGAGGGCUAUGUGCCACAAAACCUACCUGUUUUCUUUGGAAUUCGGCGCAAAAAUGGGAUUCAGGGCGGUGUUGUCUGUAUGUAAUUGUAAAUUGCCGCUGCCCAUCACCAAAAACUUUUAACUGUGCGUUGGGCGGGAAAGGAAGCAUAAAAAAGACAAAAAAAGUUAUUGGGGGUCAAGCAUAUAACUGGAAUUUGUUGCCGUGGCUAGGGCGGCGUUACUCGACUAUGUUUUUCUCUUUCAAGUAUUCCUCUUCAUUUCUCGUCAGUUUCGCCAAGUCCCUGUAUGUCUUUUUUUACAUAUCUGCUACCUUUUGACUGCGUUUUUACAUAUCUCAGUCAUUACAGAUAUUCUUCGAGGAAUAACUACAAUCGAAAAAAAAAGCGAAGACAUUAAACAAUACGGACGCUUGGCUCUCGAAGUCCCAGCACCCACGGUGAUUAGUUAAGCGUAGUGGU